AUGGCGAACGAGAGUGUGUAUCUUCCACCGGAACUGAUAACGAAUAUCCUAUUGCGGUUGCCGGUGAAGACUCUACUACGCUGCAAGUCCGUCUGUAAGUUAUGGCUUUCUUUUAUCUCUAAUCCCGAUUUCGCAACUUCACAUUUUCAAUUUGCCGCCUCACCGCCAACCCAUAAACUUUUGUUCCUGCAAGAUUAUUCUGAUGCUCCUGAAACCCCAUUCAUAGAUUUUGAUGCUCCUGAAACCCUAUCCAUAAAUUUUGAUGCAUCACUUAACGAUGAUUCUUUAUAUUCUUCGCUAAGCCUUGAUUUUUUGCGUUCCCGAUCUUGUGAAAUUGGUGGUUCUUGUAGAGGGUUUCUGUAUUUGCAUUGUGACUCAUACUUCUACCUAUGGAAUCCAUCCACUGGUAUUCACAAAAAUAUACCUGCCUCUCCUAUAAUAACUACUGCCUCCAUUGAUUAUUUUUCCAUGCUUCUGUAUGGCUUCGGAUACGACUCAUCAACUGAUGAUUACUUGUUAGUUUAUGGGUCAUACAACUACAAAACUUUCUAUGACCUGGCAGAUACAUCUAUUGACUUAGCGAUUUUCUCAUUGAGAGCUAACGAGUGGAAGCUAAUUGAGUAUGGUUCUCAUCUUCCUUAUAGGAUUAUCCCUAAAUGUGGAGAUGGUCCUACAGCCGGGUUGCUCUUGAAUGAGGUUAUUCAUUGGCUGGUUUAUAAUGACGAGACUUCAAGUUAUGCUAUUCUUGCCUUAGAUUUAAAGGAAACCAAAAUGUCAGAGAUAGCUCUGCCGGAUGAAUUUAUUUUAAGUGUUACUAACACUUCUCUUAUAGAUUAUGAUUUGUUGGUAGUUGGAGGACUUAUUAGUGCAUGGAAUGUGGAGAAGUAUACAGUUGAGAUAUGGGUCAUGCAAGAAUACAAACUGCAUUCAUCUUGGACUAAGACUCUUAAUUUUUCUUUUCAUCCCGGUCUAGAUUUUCUACCAUUAUGCUUUACAAACUGUGGCAAUAUAGUUGGAACAGUUCAUGGUGGUGGAUUAGUGAAGUUAAAUGACAAAGGACAGCUGCUAGAGCAUCACUCUUAUGGUAACUGCUACUUCGAAAGAUCCCAAAUGACAGUAUACACAGAGUCUCUGCUAUCACUCCCUAGUGGCACUGGGCAAGCUUUAGAUGACUCUUGA